CUCAAGAAUAACUUUUGUCUACAUCAGGGAUCGCAGCUGGGCAGCUAUGUGUGUGUAGUCGCGAAUGGAGAGCAUACACGGGUAUAGGAGCUUCAGUCGCGUCGAUCAUCUUCAUUUCCACCACGCUCUUCCUUGAGACUCGACAUCCGUGUCCACUUGCCCAAGCACCAGUCGCCACUUCUUUAUCAGGGAGCCCAAAGGCAGUCAGGUCUGAUCGAGCAGGCACACAUACGCACACGCACACGCACACGCACACACGAUGGACUUUUUCUUCUGCAUCCCCGUCAUCUUUGGAUGUCCUAGCAAGAUCAAGCAAGAGGGCGAUGGAACUCCGCACAUCUGCCCAAGGUGUCACAAUGCUCAAGCAGUCACUGCCAAGAAGAAGCGCUGGUUCGAGCUGUGCUGGAUUCCUCUGAUUCCGCUUGGAAGCAAGCAUGUGUACUACUGCGGUAUAUGUCAAUGGCAAAUGCCACAAGAUGGCGGCUUCAAGCCUCAGGUAGCAGGCGGAAACUAUCAACAUCCGGGGUACGGACCGCCAACAGGCUACGGACCUCCGCAAGGCUACCCGCCGAAGUAGAGCAAGCGGCGUCUGGGUGGUCCGAUGAAGCGAAAGGGAUGCGAUUUGGGACGCGAGAGAGCCCGCUCGCUACCUUCCCAAUGAUGCGCUCGGAGCAGUAUGAGCCGCUUCUUGUGCGCGUCUCCUCCCUUCAUGCAUCGCUACCGCCCGUGAAUGUCCCGUCUCCUGUCGGAGCGUCCGCAUACAGGCGGAGCGGGUCGACUCAC